GGCAACGACUAUGGAGACUUCCUGGUCUAUAGUGGGGUCCUGCUCGUGGUGGCGUCCCUGGCCGGGUGGGUUCUGUGGUACAGCGGGAACAUCGAGGGUCUGGCUGAGCAGAAGGAGAAGGGACACAUCGGCAACGCCGUCGACCGAAUCGCCCGCACCCUCAGCAGGAAGAUCCGCACCUACCGGACCCACCACUGACCCACCACUGAGCUGAGAGGAGUUUUUAUUUACAAAGUCUACUAAAAGUCUGUUGCAUUUCAAGGAAAAAAAAGGUUACAAGCAAGUUAUAAACUUUUCAGCAGCCGAUAAAACUGCUGCUCUGUUACAAAGUGUUGUUCAGGUUUAAUCACAAGCAGUGUUUUUUCUUUAUUUAUUUUGUUUUUAUAACUCAUCGUAUUUGAUAGGAUCCAAUAAAAAUGUUUUGUGCCGUGUUUCUGUUUCAAACUCAGUGGAUGUAAUGUGUUAGUCUUUUAUUCUGAAAUAUACGUUUUAAUAAAAGAACUCUAUUUUCAAGAGA